ACCUCAUAGCCGUCCCCAGGAGUCCAGAGGAUGACGCUCACAACAUCCAGGCCGUCAUCGAUUCGCUGGCCUUGGACUACCUGCAGGUCAGCCUGUCUCACAUCACAGGAGAAAAUAUAGUGAAAGGAGAUCAAGAGUCUAUUAAGAAUCUCCUGGAAAUAUUUGAUGGGUUGCUGGAGUAUCUCACGGAACACGGCAGUGAAACAGCUCGCGAGAAAAGUGAGACUGGAGAGUAUUUUAGAGACUCCGACCGAGGAGAGCCUGUGGAAGAGCCAGAGAGCGCCGGAGAGCCUGACUCAUCCUGGAAAGGCGUUCCUUGUGGGAGGUGCUCCUUGCCAUCUGAGGCCUUGGGUCCCUCCUGGGAGGGAGACGAUGCAGAAUCUGCCGGUGAAAUAAUCAGACUGGGAGACACGGCGCACACCUUUUCUCUGAGGAGUCAUGGUGCCCAGAUUCCUAGUGAAGUGCAGUCAGGCAGAUCCUCAGCCUCGCCAGUUUCCAAGUCACGGGAAGAUGAGCUGUGCCCACCCCCAUCCCGCUUUCUGUCCAAGAACAGGACGUACCUCAUUGAUGACUGGGAGACGCCCUCUGUGAGUGCAGUGCCGCGCGCCAGAAAGCUGGGGGAGCCAGUCCGGGCAGCCGUCCCUUUGCACCCGCCCUACCAGCCUGCGGGGCUUCGAGCGCCCUGUCCCGUGGGGAGGGAGCACUUGUGGUCCGGCCAUGGCCCCCCCACUGUGGGCUCUGCUGAAGGGCACGCCGAGCCCCCUGCGGAACCAGGUGAUAGAGUUUUAAUAUCCACAUUGCCUAAGGAUGGCAGACAGGAAGUGUACACAGCUCAGGCUCGAGGCCCUCAGACAAGGAAGCCUCUCAGAGGACAAAGAGAUGAACACGGAGACACCGCCUUGUCCUGCAGUUCACCUUUUCCACAGAGGCCAGGAAAGAGGUUCUCAGAACAGGAGCUGCACCUGGUGUCAGAGAAGCUCUCUCAGCGGCUCUUGGAACUAGAUUGGAUGUUAAAAAUUGCCCUGGGUGGCCGAGUUAAAGAGGAGCCUGGCGAUGAGGAGGGUGCCGGAGACGAAGAGGUGGAGCGCGGGCAUGAGGAGACGCUAUCUCAGCACAGUGACGGCAUCGUGGAGUACGGGCUGCAGCAGCUCCAGCCAGGACCUUCCGCCCGCAGAGAGCCACCCCGCAGGUCCCACUCGCUGUCUCCGUCUCCAGUUAACAGACGCAGACCGUCCCGUAUGGAGAGAAGAGGGCAGCGCCAGCCGAAGGAGGCAGACACCCGCCACUUCCGAGCCAAGGUGCUCACGGAAGCAUUUGAGCGGGAACUGAGAAGAAAGACAGUUCAGGAGAACGUCAGACCUCCAGGGACACGUGAUGAGGAGGAGGAACCAGAAAAAACAUACAGGGACACUGUCGAUAAAGGAACUCCAGGCCGCUGUCAGCCCUGGAAGAUUUACUCCAGAGAAGCCACAACUCAGAGCCCGAGAGGCAGCUUCCCCAAGCCAGGCAGAGCAGCCACUCCAGUGCAAGUCGGCGAGCGAGGGCUCCUGCCGCUCCUGUUGGAGCACCUUCCGUUCCUCUGUGUUUCUGGCCCGACGCUGAGCAGAAUGUGGAGGCAGCAGGUAGCACAGCUGGAGCAGCUCAAGAAAGAGGCGCGGAGAGACAGUCGGUCCCAGAAGAAGCUCCAGGUUGAGGUGGCGGAAGCCCUGAGACGGCAGGACCUGCUCACGGCCCUGGUCAAGAAGGAGCACGAGCACAGCAGGAGGCUGCAAGACGUCAAGGACCGCGUUCAUCGACAGAGGCUGAUGCAAUCCAAGGUCAAAGAAAACCGGCAGCAGGUUGCGCGUGCCCAGAAGUAUUACGACGACUACCGCGUUCAACUGCGAGCGAGGAUGCUGAGGAUGAGGACCCGGGAGGAGAUGAUAUUUAAGAAACUGUUUGAAGAAGGUUUGCAGAUUCAGAAGCAAAGGCUGCGUGACCUAAGAAAUUACGCCAAAGACAAGCGCAACGAACAGAGGAGGCAGCACCAGGCUGAGCUGGACUCCAUGGAGAACUACUACAAGGACCAGUUUUCCCUGCUGGCAGAAGCCAUUUCGCAGGAGCGUCAGGAACUCAAAGCCAGAGAGACGUCUCGGGCCCAGGUAACCCCCAGCGCGAAGCCCCGCAGGCGCGUGUCGGCGCUGCUGCCCCUG